GCUACUGUACAGGAGUGCGCGCUCUCUCACCAUCUCUGAGAAAUUAGUACCGGGGGGCUGUGGCAGGAGGUUUCUUUCGGGGUGCCGAGGCGCGUCCCACGGACUGGAUUGGGGAUGGCGCUGUGUACAGUGUGAGGGAGAGCGAGCAGCCAAAGUUUGCAGAGCGCAGGCAGGAAAGUUCGCAGCAGAGGCGACCCAGGCUCCUCUGACAUAUCACCCAUGGAUUUCCAGUGCCAACAUGCGGACUACACACUUCAAAUAAGGCGGAUUUUCGGGCUGUUUUGCGGAUGUUUUCAGAGAUUUUCUGCCCGUCCCGUUCAGUUUGUUGCCGUCACUGCACGCUGCUGUUUCAAUGGACAGUUCGUCUCUCUUAUCAUCCAGUGAGUAACUUGGACUGAAGUUGAUCGCAUGGUUUCCUGACCCUGUGGAUAAGUGUGAGCAUGGCUUCAGUGACGCUGUGCCAUGUAGCCUAGUCGUGGAUGUUUAAAAACAAUGAACUCCCCCCGUGACAAGGACCUGGCACCCUUAUCUCGGAAACACCGUCUCAUGGCUGCAGCUAUGCCCGGUGAGGACAGCCCAUUGCCCGGCAACAUUUCCAGGAGUGAUCGGAAUGGAUUUGGGGGACUUGUUUAUUGUUUUAUAUGUGGAAGCGGAGUCACGCCAGGGAAGGAGCUGAGGCUGCAAGUGACUUAUCAGAAAGAGAGGCUUCCCUUUUUCCCGUUUCUGCAAAACCAGGAGGCUGCGCCGGGUGCGUGUGAAGUGAGCCCGGAUGGACAUGCGCUGGUGUGCGCCGUGUGCCACUGUUUCCUGGCGGAGCAGUGGAACUCCUUCGAGCGGAGCAGGACGCCCAUCGAGAAGCGCAUGUACUGGCUGAAGCGACCCUACCAGUGCGACUCCCGGCGGGUCCCGCAGGAGUGGAACAUCUCCUACGACCUGGAGAGGAGAAUCGGACAGAACUACGACGGGGGCGCAGAGUCGGAUUUCUCAUCCUUUUCUGAAAACGAGAACAUGUCAGACCAGGAGAUGGACGCGGUGGACAGAGCCAGUGUGGGCAAGUGCCCGAGAGCAGCUGGCAAAUCGCCGAGAGACAGUGGCAGGAAAAACAAUGUCAUCAGUGUUAAAAACAGCCCGGAUUCACAGCGGGCGAUCCGCUACCCGGUGGGUGUUUACGGGGCACAGAGGUCGCCAAAAGCGGAAAGUGUUGUCCCGGCGAGGCGCGGGGCUAAAAUGAUGAAUAAUGUCUGUCAAGCAUCAGAGUCUGUGGCAAAGGCUCAGGAGAGAUUCCCUCUGCGGUGCUACGACGGUCCUCUGUCCGACACACCUGUGCAAGACAACGGGGUCAUUAUGCGCAACAGGCGGUGGCAGGAAGAGCCGCGUCAGAUCCAGCGUGGUGCCGACAGCAGCUGCGCUCCGUCCAGACAUCCGUCGCUGCUGUACCGAGGAACCGGCGAGCAUCACACCAAUGCUACUGUCACCACGAAAGCUGCCCCCGGGGAGAACAACUCUGACAACUCCGAUGAAGACGAGAUUAACAUAACGAGCGACGAUGACAGGGACGUAUAUGGGUGCAGAGCAGGCCCCUCAAUUCAGCUGAGACCUGCCAGAGACCUUUCAGCGAGGAAGAGCGCCCAGGAGCGCACACCUAAGGAGUCCAGGCCAGAGGAGUGUGUGUGUUAUGUCUGUGGCACUGGGCUCAAACACGAUGACUGCUUUAAAGUCAGUGUUCAGAAACAGGAGAGAGCACAGGGCGAGCCCUUCUUUCCCUUCCUGUGGCUGCACUCCCCUCCACGUGGUGCGGUGCCUAUCAGUUUGGCAGGUACCACCCUGGUGUGUGGAAGCUGCCACACCUCCCUCAUGCAGCAGUGGCAGAGCUUCCAGCUUGCAGAUGUGCCUGUGCUCCAGCGCCUCUAUGUAGUCCCCCUCAACCAGACCACAAGCACUCUCCGUCCCGCCCAGCUUACUCCCCAGGAGGGAAGGCCCUCAGAGCCCAUGCAGUGCAUACCUAAACCCAAGGCCUCCCAUGAGGCCUGUUACCUCUGUGGUCAGGAGUGUGGGGGGGACAUGAGAGUGGCAUAUGCACAGGCUGGUGUGGGGAAGUCCCGCGGUGUGAUGUAUUUUCCCUUCAUCAAUAUGUUGCCUUGCCCACCUAACGCCCAGGGGCUGAGUCAGGGCCGGGUGCACUGCUGCUCACAGUGCCAUUUAAUCCUGGAGGAGAUCUGGGGUGCAUAUCGACUCAGCCUCAGUGAAGAGCUAAUCACUUCUGUCAGCUCCUUCCUGGUCAGGUACCACACUGCCAUGGCCAUUGAGGGGUCGGAACCCGCCCAUUCCCAGAGAGGUGUGUCUUCUCGCCCCGGCAGCUCCAUGUCGGUGUGUUACCUGUGUGGAGCUGAGUUGUUUGCAGGUGGAGAGUACCAGCUUCAUGUCAACCCACCUGGGCGUUGUGGGGAGAGGGAGCCUUUCUUCCCCUUUCUCACUGUCCACCCUCCUGCUCCUCGCGCCAAACCAGCUGACGCCACAGGCCUUGUGUCGGCUUGUAACCUCUGCUAUCAUGACCUGCGUGCCCAGUGGGCCCUGCAUGAGAACAAAGGCCAGGGACCCUCUACCCCUUCUACCUCUAGCUUACCCAGUGGCAACCCCCAGCUGCCCAGCUCCCCAUGGGCCCGACAGUACAACUGCGAGGCAUUUGUUUGUUUCUUCUGCAGGCAGGAGCAGCGCAGGCAAGGUAGGCUGUGCGCCGUUACUAUGGCCAGGCUACCUGUGUUCCUGUAUGCCCCUCGCAGCACGCGCACACUCCUGGUGGAUGAUGGAAAGAGGCUGGUGAUUGGCGCAUGUGUGGAAUGUAAGGCCAUGGUGCAGGCGGGACAGAGGAUGCAGCAGGACAGGGACAGACAUGGACAUGGAUCAUCAGACGAGGAGAGGAGGGAACCGGAAUCGGCCUCGCCACGAUCUAGACACAAGGCUAGUGCUGUGACUGAGGGUACAGCUGGAACCAGUAAGGAGGUGGACUCAGGUUCAGGCCCCUCGCAGCCUGCAGGCGACCACACUCCCUCUCGCCCUGUGACCUCGGAGCAGGAGAAACCUGACCACGCCGACCACCCACUUCCCACUGCGUCCUCCAUCAGCAGUGAGUCCUCUCCAGUGUCCUCCCCGGCCACCAACCACAGCUCUCCAGUCAGCACUCCCAAGAGGGGCCCCCUCGGUCCAGGGCCUGUCCUGGUCCCCCCGGCGGGCCACAGCGUGCCAAACACUCCACCUGUAGUCACCAUUGCUCCAACAAAGACAAGCAACGGCCUCUGGAGGAACGAGGGACGCCAGAUUGACUCAGGGCCUCGUGGGGCCAGCAGGGAACGUUUGGGUGUCGAGGGAAACCUACCCCAGGAAAAGGGUGGCCCCUCUAUCCCUGCCCACCUCCUGGGAAACCCCUAUGCCUUUGGUCUCACCCCCGGUGCUGUCAUGCAGGAUUCACGUUUCCAGCCCCUCAAUCUGCCCAGACAGUUGCCUAAUGCAGUGCCCCCUGGUCCUAUACCAGAAGAGUAUCUCCGUGGCUUCCGGCCCUACGCCACGACCGAGGAUGCCCUCCGCAUGCCCUCGUUGCCCCUUGGCCUGGACCCCGCCACUGCAGCCGCUGCAGCUGCCUACUACCACCCCAGUUACCUGCCCCACCCCUCCUUCACACCAUACAGGAUGGAUGACCCUUUCUGCCUUUCUGCUUUGAGGUCACCUUUCUAUCAGCUGCCAGCAGGGGGAGCUUUGCCCCCCAUGCAUCCCUCUGCUGUUCACAUGCACCUGCAAGGGGUCCGCUACCCUGGAGAUUUCACACACCCUUCACUGUCAGCACUGCAGUCUGAGAGGCUUCAGCUGGAGGAUGAGCUGCGGCAAAGAGAGAGGGAGCGCGAACGAGAGCGCGAAAAGGAAAGGGAGCGUGAGGUGGAGAGAGAAAAGGAGCGGGAGAGAGAACGAGAGAGGGAGCGGGAGAAGGAGCUGGAGAGGGAGAGGGAAAGGGAGCGGGAGCGAGAACGGGAGCGUGAGAGGGAACGGGAGAAGGAGAGAGAAAGGGAGAAGGAGCUGGAGAGGCAGAAGGAGAGAGUGCUUAGGGAGAAGGAGCUGCAGGCAUCGAAGGCCAUGGAGAGCCACUAUCUGGCAGAGCUCCACGCCAUCAGAGGGCAGGAGGACCGAACCAAGCCUGAGAGACUCACCCCUAAUCGGGCUGAUAAAACCAAAGAGCCCGCCCUCCCAGCUCCCAAACCUGUCCCACCAGGACUACACUCUCCAAUGGUUCAAUCGCAUCAUCCCGUCCCCGGUUUAAUCUCAGGCCACGGUCUCUUCAUGGGACCCAGCGCUGUCGGGUCGGGGCUCUCGGCCUCACUGCUCGCUCAGAGAAACAACGAGGAGGAGAGGUGGUUGGCACGGCAACGUAAGCUGCGGCAGGAGAAGGAGGAUCGUCAGUACCAGGUGUCCGAGUUUCGUCAGCAGGUUCUGGAGCAGCACUUGGACUUGGGCCGUCCGGCUGACGCAGCAGAUCACAGGACAGACGCACACAGAUCCAUAACAAAUCACCAUGAGCCAGGAAGCCGGGACCUCCACGCUCACUUAGGCGCCCCUCCUCCCCUCAUCUCCCCCAAACCUCCACAGCCACCACGCGAACACCACCCUCCACCUCCCACCACCCUGUGGAACCCGGCAGCUCUCAUAGAAACGAUCUCAGACUCCAGACGUAACCACGAGCCCUCAGGGAUGGGACACUAUGAGCUCAGUCGGCUGCCCCCGGGGCCAUCCAAAUUUGAGGACGGAGCCCGUAGGAGAGAAGGGGGAGCAAUGGAGAAAUACCCCCCACUGAGAGGUCCUCCAGGCCUGACGGAGCCCAGCACGUUCCUUGCUGAUCUGGAGAAAUCCACGCAGUCCUUCUUCAGCCAGCAGAGAUCAUCGCUGUCGCUGUCCAGCCAGUACGAGCUGGAGGGAGCUGUGAAAGGCAACGCUGGACAAAAGAGCUUCCAGGGACACCCAGGGCACAGUAGACACGGACAAGGGCUAGGACUAAUCUCUGGGUCAGGGAUGGGACAGGUAGCUACACUGGGAAUGGGCCCGGACACAAUGCUGAUCUUCGAUGAGUACCUUCAGCAGCACCGAAGGCCAAUCAGCAAGCUGGACCUGGAGGAGAAGAGGAGAAGGGAGGCGAGGGAGAAAGGUUAUUACUAUGAGCUGGAGGACUCGUAUGAUGAGAGUGAUGAGGAGGAGGUGAGAGCCCAUCUCAGGAGAGUGGCAGAGCAGCCGCCACUCAAACUGGAUGACACCACCGAGAAAUUGGACUUUCUGGGAGUGUUUGGCCUGACCACAGCGGGAAGGCGGGACGAGCUGGUGCAGCAGAAGAGACGGAAGAGGAGGAGGAUGCUCAGGGAGCGCAGCCCCUCUCCACCCGCCUCGCAAUCAAAACGCACUCCUCCCCCCCCUCAACUCAGCACGCGUUUCACCCCGGAGGAGAUGGACCGAGCACCGGAGCUGGAGGAUAAGAAGCGGUUCCUCACCAUGUUCAAACUGUCCCAUGUCACUGUGCAGCAGAGAAGAGAUAAUGAAAAAGUGGUGGAGCUGCUUCAGGCCAUAAAAGAAAAGAGUGUAACUCUGGAUACCAUCAGACAUGCCGCUCAUCCGCUGUGUAAGAGCCCGUCAGCUCAGAUCACAGAUUCUGCCUUUGCUCAGCCUUCCUCUGAAUCAGAGGACCACAACAACGUCAGACCACAGAGCCCCUCCUCGCAUUGCCCAGCGUCCCCCAGUGGACACCCGAAACCCCUAGGGGACACAUUAAGACCAAAGGAACCUCCUUCUCCAGCUGUCUACCCAGACAAGGCCCGGGGGCCCAGCGAAGCACCGAUCUCUAAGAGGAGCUCCAGUCUGCUCAACAGCUUGCGACCUGCACUCCCCCAUCAGGCGAAAGAGGGCCAUCACAGCAUCAACGGACGCACCAAACCCUGGGACAGCUUCACGCCAGAAGAAUUUGCUCAGCAAUUCCAUGAAUCUGUGCUUCAGUCCACUCAGAAGUCUCUGCAGAAACACAAAGGUGGAGCCACAGGGAUGUCGGAGUCAUCCCACCCCCAGGAGUCAUCAGUUCACUACAACAUUCCAGAGCUGCAGAGCACCCCUGGCCCCCGACCGCCGCCGCCACACUCACAGUCUCACUCCAAUGCACAUCCAUUUCCGCAUCCGCUCUCGCACACUCACCCUCACCUUCAACCCAACGGGCAGCACUUCUCAGUGCCGCUGCAGCGGGAAGUGUCAGGAGCGAGAGAAGACAUGUCUGGUCCCGAGGACUCUGAGGAAGAGGAGGAUGAGGAGGAAGAGGAGGGUCCUGCCUCCAAGUGGCGGGGGAUUGAAUCUAUAUUUGAAGCUUAUCAGGAAUAUGUAGAAGAGCAAAGUCUGGAGCGGCAAGUGUUGCAGAGUCAGUGUCGAAGACUAGAAGCUCAGAACUACAACCUCAGUCUGACUGCUGAGCAGCUGUCUCAUAGCAUGGGGGAGCUGAUGUCCCAGAGACAGAAGCUGGCAAUGGAGCGGGAGAAGUUACAAACAGAGCUGGAGCACUUCAGGAAGUGUUUAACGCUGCCACAGACACACUGGCCGAGAGGCGGCCAUUACAAGGGCUACCCUCCCAGGUGACCCCGACACGCCGACCUGAUGGCUCCUGGGCCGCGGCCACCUCCCUUUCAGACUUGACACCCAGAGUUUAUUUUUCAUAGCCUGGUCUGCUUGGCUCCACACAGGAGAGCGUGGCAGGCUUGAUAAGAUGAAUGAAUGAACGGAGUGAAUGGAUUGAUGAAUGCACAGGAGUUGGGAACGUUCAGUGAAGGGCAGGCAGUCUUUGGAUUGUGGCCAGCCGGGGCCUGCGCCACAAGCCACCAAACGUGUGCCAAUGUAGCCAACCCCCAAGAUCAGCGUGAGUUCCGGGGCAGGAGUACCUGAAGCUCAACACAAACACACACAUGCACCUGCUUCUCACACACUCUUUGGUCCCUGCUGCUCUAUUGUUCAGUCCCUGCGUCCCUCACUGCCACAUCUACACAGACAAUCCUGCCAAUGAGGGAGCAGCUGCCCCAGGAGGGGUGUCGUCAACAGACUCCAAAAAUCUCCAACGAAGGCUCCUGGCCAGUCGGGACUGAUUUUCAUCACAGCGGCCACAUGAGCUUUUGAACUGGAAAUGCACUUAACGCUGAAGAACUUCCUGGUGGUACUGUGUUACAACAAAGAACUGCUCAAAAUUAGGGAAGAACUUAGAAAAAUGCACAUUUUUUGGGAAAGAAUUAAGGAAAUGUUUUAUUUCGAAAUAGAAAAUUUGAGAAUUAAGAAUUUUAAAAGGUGCUUCAGCCUUGUAUUGUAUAUAAUAUGAAGACUUAAAAAGAAUUUUGUAUGUUUUUAUUACUUUAAUCAUUUUUCUUUUAAAAGAAAGCCUGCCAUUUUUAUAUGUUUAUGCUUUUUUGGGUUGGAAAAGAAAAGCCUUGCUUUUAGUGUUUGUACUGCUGCUGGCCAGAACAGCUCAUUCUGAGACAUUUAGCAGAGUGAGAGCAAACAGGAUACACGCUUCUCUUCUCGUUACUCACUCCAGGCUCCGUGGAGCCGAGACCCAGCCACAGCCGCCUCAGCCAGACCCCUGAGCUAAGAGAAGCUCAGUCAGAGGUCCUGAGACAUGGCUCCUGCCCCGUUACACCCCCCACGCCUUCUUCACAGCAACAUGUCUCUGUUUUAAUCCCCGUUUCAACAGCUCCUCCUGUCGGCUUCACUGCCGCUGACAUGACCAGUUAUCUCCACGUUCACAACUUGAGAUCCAGCGACACAUUACGUUUUCACUCGCUUGUUUGGUUUCUAAAGACAUGAAGAGUCUCUUUAAGCAGCCGCCUGAUGAAAACUUGUUCUUGAUGCUUUCUCUUGACGUCGGACCUUCACCUUCAUUUCAACAUAAUGUAGCAUUGGACUGAAACAGCAUCCGACUUUUAAGAUCAAGCCCUUAACGUCAUGAGAGGAUAUAGUGCCAAAAUAAAAAAGCAAAUGGUAGCAUCUCGGAUUCUUGAUUUAAAGUUGAAAUUAGGUAGCCAAACAUUCAAACCAGAACGGCCAUCUUCCACUUCUCAAUAACAUACUCCUCCAUCCCAGCACAUCCCCCAUUUUUAGGGCCCUUGCUACCCAAAGUUGCCAACAAGUUACAAAUAAACUGGAAAUCACAAAGUCAAUUCAAACUGUUUUUCCUCUCAUAAAAUCAGAAAGGUUUCAUUUACCUGCUCUCAUACCUGUUUACAACCUGUCUGCCCUCCUCCUCCUAAUUCUGCUCGUGUCACACUGACACUCUGUCCGAUAUCUAAUGUCGCCUCAGCCUCAUAGUCAUAUGUGCGAUAGUAAACCCAAGAGCUCAUCUACUCCGGGUAUGGAUAAUUGAUUUUUGGUGGUGGGAUAAGAGAUUUCAUCUUUUCUAAGUAAAAAAGAAAAUGUGCAUAAAGUUAACUUAUAAAAGCACAAUUUCCCCCAUUCUUAAAAUGCAGGAUUUACAAGUGCCUCAAGAAUUUGGGAGCAUGUGAAUGAGUUAAAGUCCACAUGGACAUUUUACACGUAAAAUUAAAAAUAAGGGACAUUUUAUAUUGUCUCUGACUCUUUCCAAGUCAACGGGUACAGAAUCCCUUUAUCCGAAAGCAUCUCCAAGAAUCAAUUUUAUCAUAACAUCUUUUUUAUGAAGGAGGCCUCAGAGGAUCGGAGGGAUACAGUAUAAUCUGUCAUUUUUACAGAGCAGGAAAGAGCAAAGAGCGCAGCCCACCAGUUAAUGAAGGAGCACGCACACUGAGGGAAGCAGCCAAUCAGCUGGGGAGGACGGUGCCGUACAGCGAGCCCCACUUACCCAGCAUCCCCUGUGUCUCCAACCCACGCACGCCCCUGCAAUAGCCCCCUUACUCAGUGGAGGAUGUCUAGAUGCUGUGAAAUCCUGUUUUUAAAAUGUACUUGUUUGAAUUCAUUGUAAUGUAAUAUAUUCUUUGUUGAAUGUAGUAAUUAGGUAUUUAUGAAUAUAUGGCUGUGAUUUCAGACAAAAAAGAAAAUAAAAUAUUUCAAAAAUGUUAAA